AUGCCGGAACAGGUCCAUGAACGUGAUUAUACCGAUGGAGAACAAAGGAACAAUGUAAAAGGCAUAGUUGUUUACACUCAUUCAGCAGGAAGACGUUCAAAUGGAUAUGGGCAGCAGUUCGCUAGUCCAUACCAAAAUUGCUAUGGCAGCCCUAAUGACAGCAGUUUUCGGCGUUCAUCCGGUGGUGGCUCACCAGCUGCUUAUUUCCGAGCCAGUCAAGGAAUAUGGCAGAGUAACAGACGGCCGUCGUUUGGUAACGCACGUGGGACACCGAGUUCCUACAAAAACAAGAGUCAGUAUACGCAACAGGAAGUGGACAUCCGCGAUUAUGUGAUCCCAGCCAUGACAGGGAAUCCCUGGAAAGACCUUGAGGAGCAAUGGAUGAACAAAAGAACUUCGACAGGAAUACAUAUGAGAGCGAGUAGGUAG